AUGUUCCUUUUAUCCAUUCUCUGGCUUCCUGCAGUGGUCUAUUCCGUUGAAACGACGAUAACUCAGGGAGAGAGGCUCUGCUUUGUAGAGGAGCUCCCGACUGGUGUGAAGCUUCAGGGCUCGUAUGGAGCGAAGAGCCCAGUGGAGUUUCCUGUUUCAGUGACUAUCUUGUCGCCAAACGGAACACUGUAUCGAUCCGACGAUAUCCCAGAAGAAGCCCGCUUCUCUUUUUCUGUGACAACGAGUGGCACAUAUCAACUCUGCUUUAUAGGCCAAGUCCGGCGCGAAGGACAGAGGUCUCGGUAUAUAUCGAUUAACCUUGACGUAGGGUCUGUCUUUGGAUCAUCUUCGACAUCUGAUGUUGAUGCAAACAAGCUCCCCCUCAUAGAGUCUAUCGUUUCAGAUAUGAAGGAGGUCAAAGAGGACUUUUCUUACAUGAAGCACCGAGAGUUGUUUCUCCGUGCUCGGAUCAAGAGACUUGCCACAUCCGUCAUGAUGGUGUCUACCCUUUGCGUUCUAGUUAGCUGGGCUGGUAUGAUUUUGAUAGGUCAAUGGACGCGUAUAAGUGUCAGGAAGCACAUGUGA